AUGAUAAUAGAAAACUGUCUUAUAUAAAUUGGGAAUAUUUGUAUUUAAUGUGAAGAUUAUGCCUAUUUUGAAAAUGCUGACUAGAAGUGUAAUUUAAUAGUAGCACCAUUGAGUUUUUGUCAAUACUAACUUAAAUUAUCUCCAGAUUUAUAUUGUAGUUAUUGUUUUGAUUAUUGUACAUCUUGUAAUGAAAAUAAUUGUAUCGAUUGUCAAAAUGGUUAUUAUUUAAAUGAUAAUUAUUAUUGUAUUUCACUUUGUGGAGAUGGCAUAUUAACACAUGAUGAACAAUGUGAAAUUUAUGAUCAAAAUUGCCUAAGUUGCAUGUUUGAUGCUCCAAAAUUCUGUAAAUUAUAUUUUGAAGAUCAAUGUUCUGAAUGUGAACACGGAUAUUAUUUUAAUUAUUAUAAUAAUGCUUGUGAAUCUUAGUGUGGAGAUGGAAUAAUAGUUUAUGAUGAAGACUGUGAAGAUGAUAAUUAUAUCGAAUUUGAUGGUUGUUAUUAUUGUAAAUAUUCUUGUAGUUAACACUGUAUAAAUUGUAUCAAAGGAUUAUGUUAAUAAUGUGAUUUAAAUCAUUUACUUAGAGAUGGAUUUUGUUAUGGAAAACAAAACGAAAUUGAUGUAUUUCCAGAAUGUUAAUUUAACUUAAAUGGAGAAUGUUUAAUUUGUGAGGAAGACUCUUAAUUAAAUGAGUAUGGAGAUUGUAUUCCUAGAUGUUAAGAAAGUUGUGUGCAUUGUUAUAAUGGUUAAUGCUUUUAAUGUGCCUAAAAUUAUGAACUUUAUAAGGAUAAAUGCUCCUUAAUAUAGCAAUGUUAAAUGAGUUUGCAUUUGAGUUAAGAGUUAUAGAUUUGCUAAACUUCAUGUGGUGAUGGAUAUGUAACUGGAUGGGAAGAAUGCGAUGAUUAAAACAAUGAAAAAUUUGAUGGUUGCUAUUAAUGUAGACAUGAAUGUGAUGUUAAUUGUAUCUAAUGUAUAUAUAGAGAAUGUUUACAAUGUCUUUAAGAAUUUAAUUUGGUUGAGAAUAAAUGCUUAUCAAAAUGUGAAGACACAUGCCUUAAUUGUGUUUCAGGUGUAUGUAAGUUAUGCAGCAGCGGUUAUUUCUUGAAUGAAUUUUUCAUUUGCAUAAAAAUGGAUAGUGAAUAGGAUUUCAAUUUUCCUUCACAAUGUGGAAAUGGAAUAUUAGAAGAUAUGGAAUAGUGUGAUGAUUAGAAUCUAUUUAAUGAUGAUGGUUGUAACAAUAAUUGUGAAUAAACUUGCGAUGUUAAUUGUACACGUUGUAUUGAUGGUGUUUGUUUUGAAUGUAAAGAAGGGUGGAAAUUGGGCUUAUUCCUUUGUGAUCCAAUUUGCGGAGAUUCAAUUGUUGUGGGAAAUGAAGAAUGCGAUGACGGAAAUUAAACUAAUUUUGAUGGGUGUUUCUAAUGUAAAUACUAGUGUUCUCAGCAUUGUGAAAAUUGCUUGAAUGGAAUAUGUCAAUCUUGUUAACUUAAUUACCAAUUGGAUUAAUUAAGUAAUUCUUGUAAACCAAUUCAACCCUUGCUUACAAUUAAUGAAUAGCCUAAUUGUAAAAUAUUAAAUAAUAACAAAUGCAUAUUUUGUUAACAUGGAUAUCUUGAUUCAUUUACCAACACAUGUAUAAUUGAUUAUAAUAUGAAUAAAUGCCCUAAAAAUUGUAAAAAAUGUGUGCUUUACAAAUGUUUAAAAUGUGAAUUUGGAUAUUAUGGUAAUAAUUGUAUGCCUAAAUGUGGAGAUGGUAUUAUAGUUUAAGAGGAGGAAUGUGACGAUGGAAGUGAAUACUAAUUAGACACUUGUUUAAAUUGUAAAUUCUAGUGUCCUCAAUAUUGUAAGUCCUGUGCUUAUGGAGUUUGUACUAAUUGCUUUUCAGGGUUCUAUUUGGAUAUUGUAAGUAAUUCAUGCAAUUCUGUUUGUGGUGAUAAGAUACUAGCAAGCGAUGAAGUUUGUGAUGAUGGCAAUGAUUUGAAAUAUGAUGGUUGUUACUAGUGUAAAUAUUAAUGUCAAAUGGAAUGUUUAGAUUGCUAAUUUGGAAAGUGUAAACUAUGUUAAGCACCUUUAGUACUUGUACAAUCAAAAAGUAUUUGUGAAUAACUAACAUUAUGUGAAGGUUUAAUAGGAUUGUAUUAUGAUAAUUAUAGUAAUGAUUGUUUUACUUAAUGUGGAGAUGGUAUUGUUGCAGGCAAUGAAAAUUGUGAUGACGAGAAUGAUGUUCCUUAUGAUGGAUGUUAUAAAUGCAAAUUUUAAUGUACUAAAUAUUGUCAAUUAUGCAACCAAGGGGAAUGUUUUUUAUGCGAUAAUGACUAUACCUUAUAAAACAGCUAAUGCUUGUUAAAUAUAGAAAAUGAUGACCUUAACUCUAGCAAUAUUGAAGAAACUUAAAACAAUCAUACAAGCAAUAACAAUACAUUUAAUUUGGAUUAAAAUCCAGAAUGGUUGUCAUUAAAAGAACAUAAGAUAUGCUGUGAAUAUUAUUGUGCAUACUCUAAAAAACCUAGUAUGAAACUUACUUAUAAAAUGUAAUUCUAUGCUCUAUAGUAUGUAGAGAUUACAUUUGAUUAAGAAGUCAAAUUUAGUGAUUAGGUUUAAAAAGACAAAAAUUUAUUUGACAUAAGCAUUAACGACUUAGAUUCCAAGUAUUAUAAGGUACUCAAGAUCAAUUCGAUUUAAGAUAUCUCAUUUGAUCUUUAACAUGCUUAGUAUUAGGUUUAAAUUGAAUUAUUUGUACAACUUUAAACAAAACCAGUUCUUUUAGUUUAGUUGAAUCAAGAAAUUGUUAACUCAAAUAAUUAAACUCUUUUUAAUCCUAAUUAGUCAAUUAAUUUAUAAACACCAAAAUUAAUGUCUGAAAAAUUAAGGUAAGUAUCGAUUUAGGUUUAAAAAUCUAAUAAAGCAUUUAUGAUUGGAGCCAUAUCAAUAUGUGUAAUUUCUUUAGUUUCUGGUGAGAGCUCUCUUGUGGUUGAAACCUUGAAUUUAUUGUAAUAUUAAUCUUUCUUAAGAUUUAUUAACGUUGACUACCCUGAAAACCUCUACAUAUAUUUUUAAGCAUAAGAAUUGCUAUCUAUAUCAUCAUAUUUACAUUUUUUUUAAAUUGAUGAUUUUGUUAAUAAAAUAACAAGAAAAGAAAAAUAAGUUGAUUUAAGUGAGAAAUUUUAAUAAUAUAAUGUAGAUGCUGAUAUUUUUACUAAUAUUUUACCUCAAUUAAUUUAAAGUUUAGUAUUGGUAACAAUCCUUUUUUUUGCCAAAAAUCUGUUCAAUAUAUUAUAUAGAUUAAGAAAAUAUUUUGGAAUUCUUUUAGAUCAAAAAAUCUUUAUAUAAAAGAUUUUUAUUGUCAUCAUUAAUGUAAUACUAAUUUGUAAAAGUUUCUUAAAAUUAUUAAUGAAGCUAAGAUAUCUUUAGAAUUAUGAUAAAAUUCUACAACUUAUUUACGUUAACUCAUGGGAUUUAAUAUUUAAAGUGAUUUUGUAACUGCAUUAUAGUCAAAUAGAUAAUCUUAGAAGCAUUUUAACUAACAUUUUUGCAACUUUAAUAUUUAUCACCUUCAUUAACUUAUUAUUAAAAUCUUUUAGUUUAUGCAGCAAUCAAAAAAAAAGUCAUAUCACCAAGUUAGAGUUAAAAUUUAUUGCCUUAGAUAUUUCCAGAACCAUCUUUUUCCAUAUAGUAUUAAUACUAUUCUAAGAAUAAUAAAUUUUGCAAUGCUUACUAAUAUCUUUUAGCAGUAUAACUUAAUGUUGUAUAAUCUAUAAAUAUAAAUUAUGUUCUUAAUUUGAUAGAAUUAUAUUCUUAAUAGUUGAAGGUGUUUUAGCAGUAUUUAGCUUAAGCUUACUCCCAUACUUCAGCAUUUUUAAUCAAUUUUCUAUUUCUUAUGAAAGCAAAGUUACUUUAGGUUUUAUUUAGAUGGCCUUUUUGAUUUUGUGUCUCGGAAUUAUUUUUGCAAAACAACUGUUUCUUAAAAUCAAAUGGGUUUUGAAAUUAGUCUCUUACAAAAAAUAACCCAAAGUUGCAAACAGCAAAUUAUUUUCAUGA